GCUCUUGAGGCCGGCCUAAAUCACGUAAACACUUUAGGCUGGACCAGGGAGGCUAUUGAAGCAGGUUGUCAAGAAAUGAACCUCGCACCAGGUUUGCACGCUAUCGCUAUGCCAAACGGCGGCUUAGAUUUGGUUAUUCAUUUCUACACUAGUCGCAACGAGCAGCUGGCGGAUGCUAUGACUAGCUGGCGCCAAUCUGAGGCUUCCAGGGAUUCUGAGGGGCUUUUGAGUGACACGCCAUCUGCUAAAGGAUCGACAAUGGAUACAGCUCCAAUGUCCUUGAAUGUUGGGCGUACUUCAAGUCAGAAUGUCCAAUCUAGCUGUUUUGAGCUUAAUCCUAGAGAACCUUGGGUGGAAUCCAACGAGUGGGUACAAAAGUAA